AUGGCGCACAUCAAAGAUGCAUGGCCAGUAAUCACGCAGGCACUUGAUGAGGUCAAGGCAGCUUGCAAAAACCAAGCAGACAAAUGCAGGAAACCAGGCUGGGACCUAAAGCCAGGCCAACAGCUAUACCUCUCCACCAAAUACUUAAAAAGUAAACAACCUGCUAAGAAAUUGGCAGCCAAGUGCAUUGGACCCUUUAAGAUUAAAAGGUUGGUCAAUGAAGUGACCGCAGAACUAGAAUUCCCCAAGACCUACAGAAUGAUCCACCCAGUCUUUCACUUCAGCCUGCUCAAACCAGCUCCUGAAAGCAGCCAAUGGUACCCAAUCAAGCCCCCACCCCAGCCCAUCAUGAUAGGGGGCAACCAGCAUUAUGAGGUGGCGGAAAUCUUAGACUCCAGGGAUUACAGGGCCUGUUUGAUCUUGACUGGGCACAUUCUAAGGAAGAAGUGAAACAUGCUGUUCUUUUGCCUCAUUGUUUUUCUAGGAAAAAUAUCAGGAGGAGGAACGCUCAGUUUUUCAGGCCUGCCUGGUACUGGCAAUGUGAAUGAAAAUUCUCCAGCCGGCACUUCGGUGUAUACAUUCAGUGUUGAUUUAACACCAGAUUUAUUUCCAAAUGUGGCGGUGGGAUAUCCUACCAUAAUAAAUUCAAAUCCCCUCACAAAAGCUUUUGAAAUCAACCCUGUGUCUUCUGUUUUGUACAAGGUUGUUACAACUGGAGAUCUAAUCCUAGAUUAUGAAACCAUGCCCCACCGAUUUGAGCUGCAGAUCCUUGUUUACGACACAGCUGGGGCAAAAGACCUCCAAAUCCUAACUAUUCAAGUACUCGAUGUAAAUGAACUUCCAGUGUUUCAAGGCAAUAUAGCAACGCAACUUGUCACAGUCUAUAUUUUGGAAAACACACCAAGCGGGCCUAUUUAUUCCAUUGAUGCAACUGAUUCUACAAAUGCAACAUCUGCAAAAAUCACUUAUUCAUUGACUCCUGACUCACUGCCAUUCGGUAUUUCUGAAACUGGAACCAUUUAUUCUUUGAAGAAAUUUGAUUAUGAGAAAGAUCCAGAUAACUAUACCUUACAAAUUACAGCAAGAGACCGUCUUGGUCAAAAUGUCAGCAGGACUGUGAUUGUCAGUAUCAUAAACACCAAUGAUGAGCCUCCUUAUUUUACUACUAAAGAAAGAGCUUUCAAAAUUCCAGAAGAAAGCAUGCCCGGAUCUUUUGUUGCCAAUAUAACUGUUAAGGAUCCAGAUGGGGAAGGCUAUGAACAGGGCCUUCGCUUCAGCAUCAAUAAUCCUCCAGCGCUUCCUAAUUUCUCUAUAGAUCCAGUGUAUGGUACAGUUUUAGUGGCUAAAUGGUUAGACCGUGAUAUUGAGCCAUGGAGAGAACAUCCCAACAUUUCUUUGGUCAUUCGAGUUGUGGACAGUCCCAGUGAUGGACGAAGUGAUACAAUGGAAAUUGUUAUAACAAUUGAAGAUAAAAAUGACAACCCGCCAGAAUGUCAACUCUAUAAUUAUAGGGUGACCAUUCCUGAAACAGAACUUCCUGGAUCAAUACUAAAUUUAAGGAAUUUCUGUGAAGAUAUUGAUGUCGAAUCGCCAAACAAUGUGUUCAAUUUUACUGGGCUGUCUGGAAUUGGAAGUAAUAAAUUUACACAGGACCCGCCUGGCUCUGGAAACCUCCAGUUAAUAGGAAGUGUGGAUCUUGAAAAUGAAAAUCGAACAGAAUACAAACUGAAUAUUGUGGUGCAGGAUAUUGCUUCGCCUUAUUUUGCCAAGAAUAUCUACAUUUAUGUCAGAAUAGAACCAGUCAAUGAAUUCAAACCAGUCUUCAAUAGUUCCUCAUAUGUUUUUAAUGUCUCAGAAACAAGAGUUGCCGGAUCCAUAAUUGGAAAUGUGCAUGCAACAGAUCAAGAUUUGCCAGGCACUGGGAUAUCGUAUUCACUUUUGAAGCUCUUAGAUGUAUUCUGGAUCGAUUCUACAAAGGGCAGUGUGGGAAUUGUGGCAAAAUUAGAUUAUGAAACAAAUCGGAAUUAUACUUUUACAGUACAGGCUUCUGACAAUGAUGGCAAAUUUGCCACAGCAUCAGUGACUGUGAACGUUUUAGAAGAGAAUGAUGAACCACCCAUUUGUUCACCCAAUUCAUAUUUGCUGGAGGUUCCAGUGGACCUAGAAUUUGGAACUAACAUUAAUGGCUUCAUUCUUACAUGUGAAGACAAGGACUCAAGUCCCAAAUCAUUCCGUUAUUCUAUUAAUUCAGGUAACGUGAAUAACCAUUUCACCUUCUCACCGAGCGCAGGCUCCAAUGUCUCACGAUUGAUGCUUGCAUUGCCAUUUGAUUAUGAGGGAGGUCUGGACAGAAUUUGGGACUAUAGACUUUUAGUAUUCAUAACAGAUGACAAUUUACUCACAACUGAUGAUAGAGCUACAUCCAACAUUCAAACUGGCACAGUAACCUUAACCAUCAGAGUGAUUCCCAAACCAACCACUGUGAUCCCAACCACACCUGGUGUUACUAUUGUAACCAGAACAGCAAAUGUAUACUCUGCAUCAGCUUGGUACGUGCCAUUUAUAAUUGUCCUUGGCAGCUUGCUACUCCUUGGACUUCUUGGAUAUUUAAGCUUUUUGCUGGUGAGAUAUAUCUACAGCUACUGUGCACGGAAACCCAGAGCUGAUAAAAAACCACUAAUCAAAUUAGAAAUUAGGAAAAACAAACAAGUUGUAAUGUUAUAUUUUUCUUUUUUAGACAAAAAGAAAGCUAAGAAAGAAGUAGUAUGGGAGAUGACCAACAUAAACACCAUUUUUGAUGGGGAAGCAAAAGACCCAGUAACUGGCAAAUGGUAUGAAUAUAAUUCAAAGUCUGGGGCUCGACGAUGGAAAGAUCCCAAUGUGCCUUCCAAGCGAGAAGAAAAAGAACCUGUUGCACAAAAGGAGAUAGCUAAAGAAACUACAAAGAACGUAAGAAAAAAGGAAGCAGAGACCAGUGGCGAGAAGCUGGGAGAACAAAAUUACGUUGAACCAAAGCCUUUAGAGAAAAAGACUGAGGCUUUGAAACAAAAGACCAAUCCAAAGUCCCAAAAGCCCAAAGAAGAACCUGUGGGCAAGAGCUUGUCCUCGCCCAUUAUCCCACGCAAGUCGCCCAGCCCCUCUCCUAAAGUAUAUCCCAAAUAUGGUUAUCAGCCUUCAAAAGAAGUUUGAAAAUCCACCUCUGCUGUUCUUCCAAACAGUGAACAAACAAAUGGAGAGGCUAUUGACUAAUUCCCUUUCCUGCAUUACAGUUCUUAUUAGAAUACCAUCAUCUCCAGUGGCUUAAGUGAUUGUAAAUAGAGUUCAUAUUUUCCUACCA